UGUGGUCGGGCGGCUGGCGCGCACGCGCGGGCGGCCGGCGGGCACUCCGCGAGGAAGGCUCGCGCGCUCCGCCCGCGUCCCGGCCGCGAUGCGCGAGUCCCCGGGCCCGCGGCCGCGCCGGCACGCGCCGCGCUAACAGCACCCAUGCAGUGGCGAAAACUUACCAGGUUGAAGUCUUCGCCGGGCGGACAGUCGCGCGCUCGGAGGAUGCUUUGCUGCGGCCGCAGGAAGGAGAACGGCCGCGCGGCGCCGGACCUGACGGCGUCGCCGGGCCGCGCGCCGCCCGGCCCGCCGCAGCCGCCGCGCGCCAACCAUGCGCCGCCCUGCGUGCUGCAGCCCGAUUUUAGAAAGGUCUCGGGGGUUAGCAAUGAGAUAUUCAGGCAAAUUGAGAUGGUCGAGAACGACCACGACGCGACCACGGCCGCGGCGCUCGAGGCGGUGGAGCGUCGCGGCGAGAUGAUCGUUCGAAUACUGGAAAUACGACAAGUCGGCCGGAACAAUAUUGAAGCCGCCAAGAAAUUCUUCUCGCUACAGGACGCCCGCCACAUAGUCCAACUAGUGGAAAUCGUAAAGCGGCCAGGCCAGACCCUGGGUCUGUACAUAAGAGAAGGCGACGGAGGCACGCGGACGGACGGCGUGUUCAUCUCGCGGAUAGCCCUCGAGUCGGCCGUGUACAACAGCGGCUGUCUCAAGGUCGGGGACGAGAUCCUCGCGGUCAACCUCGUCGAUGUGAGGCGGAUGUCGUUGGAUGACGUGGUCAUCAUCAUGUCGAUACCCAGGCGGUUGCUGCUCUGUACGAGGCAGAGGAAAGGUAAAUCAGGGCCUGGCUCGCCGUCCCUGCCUCGUUCGGAGCACAAGCCGCCGCCGGUGGUCGUCCUGAAGCGGGACUGCCGGGACGACGACGACCGGGACCGGGACCGAGACCGGGAUCGAGUCGAUGGACUUUACUCGCAGUCCUACAGCCACGGCACGUUGCGCUCGGCCGUGGGUCCGGGCGGUGGCGUCAGGCCGGUGGGUGACGGGCGCGAAGAGCGCAGUCGACUGCAACUGGGCGCGCUCUCGCCUGACUCCAAUGCACUGGACUUGUACUACAACUCACGACCGCCUUCUGAUCAUUCCACGUGGAGCUAUCGCCCGCCACCACCAGUAAUCACAGAACAACCCAAGUCAGCUGCAACGCAUUUCGUGCCGUACGAGCGGUCAUAUCCAAACACCUUGGAAAGUCUCGCUGAGAAGGUGCAUUCGUACUAUCCAUCUGAUAGUGGAAGUUCGCGAUUUAAUCCACGAGUUCCAAGAUCUGGUUCAGAACAACAGUUACCUAGAGCCGAAACUCACUCAGAUUUUGGUCGGCAUUCGUUGCUAAGGUCUAGCUUAAAGGCUUCUGCCGCUACUGGUGCUUCAAGUUUAUCGAGAUAUAAUCAAAGAUAUGGAGUAGGAAUGGGAGUAUCAGGACUACCAGGCAGUGGCGUGACAGGCAGUGGCUUAACUAGCUCCGGUUAUGGAGGCCCCGGGCUACCUUCUGGUCUGUCCACCACUGGUCUUAGUGGGUUAACUGGAUCAAGCCUAGUAGGAUCAGGCCUAACGAGUUCCGGCCUUGGUGGAGGCUUGACGGGAUCUGGUUUGGGCACACUUGGAGGGACUUACGGAACGACUGGCUUAGGACUACCGUCGUAUAGCACGAAGUUUGGAACGAGCAGAAGGAAUAGAAGUUUGGAUUAUUCGUCGGACACGGAGGCGACCGCUCCUACUAGAACGCCAUAUUACUCUGGAUUAAGUGGAUAUCGGAGCAGUACGCUGGGAAGAGAUAUUAGUUCGAAGUUCAAUUCACUACCAAGGGAUGUCAGGAACACGGGUCAGAGGUUAGGGCUAUCGAGGCGCGCAGGAAGCGUACUUCAAGAUGAACCGGAACCAUUGUCUUCACGUUUAGAUCUACGUUCUUCCAGAGGUCGUUUAACAUCUUCGUCGUCAGUAUUCACGUCGGACGAGUACCGCGCGUGGCUGUCGCGCGCGCCCUCCACCAGCGCGCUCUACGAGACGCUGCGCCCGCGCCUGCCCACGCACUACUCCGCUGAGAACAUACACGACGCGCUCAAGAAUAUGGAAAGCGGCAGUCGUUUCGGGUCUUCCCUCGGCUUGGCGAACCGGCGCGUGGAGCGGCCACGGCACCUCCCUGCGCGCUCGCUCUCGUCCCAGCAGCUCGGCCCGACGGCCGGCGGCUCGCCGUCGGCGCGCCGCGUGCGGCAACUGCUGGAAUUAGGCUCCAGGUUCAACUGCCCGAACCCUAGCCCCGUGCCGACGCCCGGCUCGAGACAUCAUCGCCAUCUAGAUAUAAAUCCCAAUGAGUUCCUAAAAUACAAAGUGGAGAAGCCAGGCUCGGGCGGCCUGUCGGCUUCCAUGACCGGCCUAUCUCGCCUGUCGGGCGGCGUGUCGGGUAUGCUGUGGGUGCACCUGCUGGCCGGCCGGAACCUGCGGCCGGCGCCCACGGGCUCCUCGCCCGGCUCGCCGCCGUCGGGGCCGCUGGCGCCCGCGCAGCCGCCCGUGGCGCCUAGGGACCUGUAUUGCGUGCUUGAGUGUGAUCGGGUGCAUAAAGCGAGGACAGUGGUCCGUACAGGAGAGCUUCAGUUCGACUGGGACGAAUCCUUCGAGUUGGAGCUAGUGGACAACCGGCAGCUGGACGUGCUGGUGUACUCGUGGGACCCGCAGCAUCGGCACAAGCUGUGCUACCGCGGUGCCGUGACGCUGCCAGACUUGUUGGCCAGGUCGCCUAAUCAUCAGUUGGCCAUUAAGAUGGAGCCCCGCGGCACGCUAUACGUGCGCGUCCGUCACACGGAACCUCACGAGCUGUUCCGACGACGGCCGGCCGCGCCGCGCCUCUCACCUCCGCCUCUGUUCGGCGCCGAGCUCGACGCGGUGGUGGCGCGGGAGGUGAGGCCGGCACACGCGCCGCCAGUGCCUCUCAUCGUGCGACGUUGCGUUGAGGAGAUUGAGCGGAGAGGGUUGGAUAUCAUUGGCCUGUAUCGAUUAUGUGGUUCGGCCAACAAGAAGCGCAUUCUCCGCGAAUCGUUCGAGAGGAACGCGCGCGGAGUGGAGCUGGCACCAGACUCGGUGCCCGACAUCAACGUCAUCACAGGCCUGCUCAAGGACUACCUGCGCGAGCUGCCGCAGCCGCUGUUCAGCCGGUGUUUGUACCAGAUGACGCUUGAUGCUCUAGGAGUAUGUCUUCCGGAUGACCGAGAAGGCAACGCCCGUCUGAUGGCGUCGAUAGUGGAAUGCCUGCCCCGCGCCGCCCGCGCCACCCUGGUCUUCCUACUCGACCACUUGGCGUUAGUCGUGGCAGCUCAAGACCGGAAUAAAAUGUCACCCCAGCAUUUAGCGGUGGCCUUAGCGCCCCCAUUGAUGCUGCACUCUCAACCGCCUACGGACCUGGACUACCAGAGACCGAUUCAUGUCCUACAAUGUCUUCUUCAAAUAUGGCCUGCGCCUAAACGUUCAGUUCGGCGCGGCGAGCCAGCAACCGGGCUGCGUGGAAACAGAGUCAGUGCGUCGCAAGCGGCCUCACUCAUCCUACCCCAAGGCCGAGUUCCGCCCUCAGUCAGUCCAUAUCGGCCUCAAGCGGGAGCAUCAGCAGCAUCUCCGCCGCCAGCUCUCUCGGCUCGGCCCGCGCCCGACCGCUCGCCGCCCGCACAUGUUCUCUCAUCAGUCAGGGCCGGCCAAUAUCGUCCGCAGUCGCCUCUCCGCGGGCCUCUGCCCGCUCCGCCUCGCUCCCGUCAGGUGACGGUCUCCUCUCCCGGUUCGCCCAGCAGUAGCUCCGGCAGCCACAGCCCGGCGGACACAAUUAAACACGGUGGCUCCGUGUCCUCAAUCUUACGGCAACCUGACCGAGCCGCCUCUCCGAGAGCCUCCCCGAGGCACUCGCCCCGGGCCUCUCCUCGGGAUUCACCACGGACGAGUACGCCCAGGGAUGGCACGCCUAAAGAAAGUACUCCGCGGGAUUUGACCCCGAGGGAUCUGACGCCAGGCCGCGAGCCGGGCUCCCGGGACUCGCCGCGGUUCGCCAUCCCGGGCACGUCGGCGGGGCUAGCUGUGACCCUGAACUCGGGCGGCGGCGGCGGCGCGCUGAGCCCGCGAUACUGCAGCGCCACCAACCCGUUCCUGCAGCAGUACGACGCGGAGGAGGAGGCGGAGGCGUGGCGCGCCACCGACAUCUUCUCCCCUCCCUCAUCCACGCACACAUAGUGCUCAUAGCGAAUUGAGAUUUUCUAGUCAAUUUUUUUAUCGAAUCGAAAGAGUGCUACGAUUCUGCUGUAUAUUAUGUUAUUUAACGAGCGUGGUGCGCGUUCGUAAUGUUUGUUAUAUAUAGAGCGAGUUACGAUGUAUAUUAUUGUGAGAAUGUACACUGACGCGCGAGGCACCCGCCUCGCCGGCCGCCGACGCUCCGCCCCGUAGCCUCUAUAGUGUUUAUCGUAUUGUAAUGUACAUUGUAUAUAAUUAUAUACGUAUAUGUAGGUACGCUCCAGUUUUGUACCCUUCGGUCGGAUCGGCGGCGGGCGGCCCGAGGCGCUACACACAUCAUCCCACAUAUCAGACGCUUGUGCGCGCUUUCGGCGCGGGCUUUAGGAACAAUACGAACAUUCCUAAUGAACUCAUUAAAACAUCAUUCAUAAAAAAGUUACUGUCCCAUGGCGUCGACAGAACGCACAAGCCAGUAGCUCGAGUAGGGAGAGAGUAUCAUAGAGAUCAGACGUACGGACUGUCUUGAGACUGAGACCAUAUCAGAGUAGUUAGGGGCUGCGAGCCACACGCGGGGACCCCUCGGAGAACGAGCGACCGACUUAUAGUAUAAAGUUUGAAUUUUGCUAUAUUCAGUUACCCGAUGCAGAGUUUAAUCAUAAAGCCAAACAUUAAAAUUAAUAAUUAUCUACUCAAAUAUUGACAAGUAACAAUAAAGUUUUUAAUAUAAUAGUGUUAAGAAAACAUUUACACAAAUCGCUUUUUCUGCGAGGGAAUGGGUAUAAAUUAGGUUGAGUUCGGUCGCAAUCUCAAGAUGUGAGGAGCUAUGUUUAAAUUCCGAAGUCACGAUCACCGAUCUACGACCUUGAGAGGUUUUUGUCCAAUCUAGAACAAUCUAGAACCUGCCGGCCUAGCCAAGGGUAGGUAUAAUCGCUAUCGCUUCGACAACGAAAAGUAUUAUGUCUCUCUAUCACUCUUCCGUAUUAGCGCGACAGUGACAGUUGUGUUUCGAUCGCUACGAAGCGUAAGCG